UUGCAGCUGUCAUUUCUAUAAAAAGAUAAAUUGUGAAAAUAUUUUCAAUAAUUUCUCUAAAGAAUAUAAUAAUUUUAACUUUAAAAACCAAUUCAAUAUUUUGUUUUAAAUAAAUUUAUACUACUGAAACAAUAAAAAAUCAUAGAAAGAAAUGUCCAGUGAAGAAAAUAGUUAUGACUCAAAUAAUGAGGAUGGUCCGGAAGAGAAACGUUCCAAACAUUCUACAGGCUCACAUCAUAAGAAAUCUAAAAAACACAAGAAACAUAAGAAAUCAAAUAAAUCGGACAAAUCGCAUAAAAAACAUAAAAAAUCUAAGAAGAGACAUCGCCACCAUUCCCAUUCAUCGUCGGAUUCGGCUUCGGAGGAUGAGUCAACAACGGUGGAGAAAAGAAGGAGCGGUGCUAUUAAUGAUAAAUUUACGGAAAUAAUGAAAAAAGCUAAUAAAGAUAAAAAUUGCGCUUUAAGGGUGGAGCAUGAUGUUAAAACAAAUAAAUUUUUAAUAACAAAACCAAACAUACAGACUGAUCCGUGUAGUUUGGUGGAGGAAAUUACAAAGACAAUACAGACAAAGGUGUUGCCAGUUAUGGAAGUUGUAUCUUCCGGUAGCGAAAGUGAUGUACCUGUUGAUGUAGCAAGUCCUGAUUUAGCCAUAAUAGAAGAUGAUCUCAAUUUAGAUGAAUUGAUGAAGCAAAAAGCCCUUUUACAAGCUCGCUUAGGUGCUUAUAUGUCAGACACCGAAGGUGAUGGCAGUCGCUCAGGCUCAUUAGCUAAACGGCCCUUGCCCGAGAAUGACUUGAACUCCAAGAAGUUACCUUCUGUACCCAAUACUGGUAGUGAUAAGAACAAAAAGAUUGAACAAAAAAUUUCAUCAUCAACUUUAUCUGCAACUAGUAAAAUAAAUUUAAAUAAUAUUUCUAAAGAAAAAAUUACAAACGAAAAUGAUGUUAUAUUAUUGGAUGAUUCUAGCGGUGGUAAUAACACACCGGUGGAGCAACAUUCGGCCAGCAGAGAGCGAUCACGUAAGGUAAGACAUUCAAGUGAGCGUGAACGUGACCGUAGAUCUGGUAGAGGACGUAAAUCAGUGACACCACAACCGCCACACGGGAUUAAAGAUAAAAACGAUAGACGCUCUUCAAGAGAUGUUCGUGAUCAUCAUCAAAGGCUAUCACAGUCGGAGCGUCAUGCACGUAAUAAUCGAAGUCGAAGCCGUUCUACAGGCCGCCGAGUAGAUUCACAUGAUAGACGGCACCAUGUAGAGGCUGAUGAAGAUCGUAAUCGUCAGCGUCAUAGAGAACACUAUGAUCAAAAUCGUCAAAAAGAAGAUCUACGACAAGAAAUUAAUAGAGAUAAAUUACGCGAACGUGACACCAGCCGUGACCGUGAUAAUAAGGGACGUGAUGAGAGAACAAAUCGACCUGCUGAUCGUAGUGGUGGUCCAGCGAACAAUCGUGGCCAGGAUAGGGGACGUGAUAGGGAUCGCAAUAGAGAGCGAGAAAGAUGGAUGCGUGAGAGAUCACAUAGUCGUAGUAAAGCCGAAUCAGAUCGCAAACGUGAACGCGAAAGAGAGCGUCAACGAUCUGGUCGCGAUCGUUCUGAACGUAACGACACUAAAGAUCGUGAUCGUUAUCGUGGUUCUCUCAGUGAGGGACAAAAGGUUCAACAGAAAGACUCCAGUAGUGAUGAGGAGGUUAAUAUAAAUAUAAACAUAGAUGAAGAUGACGACGAAGAGAAAAUCAUUGAAAUGAGACGAAAACAACGCGAGGAAUUGUUAAAGAAAUUGGCCGGAUCAAAACAAAUAGAUGCACCCAAACCGGCAGCAAUACCUGCCCAGUCCACCUCAUUAUCUUCCUCAGCCACCAACUCCAAUAAUGGUAGUGAUAAACGUAAAAAUUCAUUUAGUCCGGACAAAAAACCUUCCCCAACAAAACAACGUAGAUCUCGUACGCGUUCACCGUUGACAUCGGAGUCGUCGUCUCGUCAUCCCACAGAACAAAAUGAUGUUACGCCACCAGACUCUAAAGAAUAUCAAGAUAAUAAUAACAAAUCUAUCAAUAAUAAGGAAAAAGAAAAAAGACCAGAAUGGGAUAUGUUUGCCGAUCAAGAUGUUGAUUCCAAUUUCGAUUCACCCAGUACCAUAGUACAAAAUAAAAAUAUGGCUGAAAAUCCAGCUCUCACUGAUAAUUGGGAUGACGCCGAAGGUUAUUAUCGAGUACGUAUUGGAGAAGUCUUAGAUACUCGUUAUGUUGUUUGCGGCUAUACGGGUCAAGGUGUUUUCAGUAAUGUUAUAAGAGCCCGAGAUCAAGCCAGAGGAAAUGCAAAUGUUGCUGUUAAAAUUAUACGUAACAAUGAAAUCAUGCAUAAAACUGGCUUACGUGAAUUGGAAAUAUUAAAGAAACUUAACGAUGCCGAUCCUGAUGAUCGUUUUCAUUGUUUGCGCUUAUAUAGACACUUCUUCCACAAACAGCAUUUGUGCAUGGUAUUUGAACCAUUGGCCAUGAAUUUACGUGAAGUUCUUAAGAAAUAUGGUAAAAAUGUUGGUUUACACAUUAAAGCUGUGCGCAGUUAUACACAACAAUUGUUCUUAGCUUUAAAGUUGUUAAAGAAAACUGGCAUAUUACAUGCCGACAUAAAACCCGACAAUAUAUUAGUUAACGAAAAUAACUUAAUAUUAAAAUUAUGUGAUUUUGGUUCAGCCUCCACCAUAAACGAUAACGAAAUCACACCCUAUUUAAUAUCAAGAUUUUAUCGUGCACCAGAAAUUAUUUUGGGCAUACCUUAUGAUUAUGGUAUUGAUAUGUGGUCAGCUGGAUGUACUAUUUAUGAAUUGUACACAGGCAAAAUACUCUUUAGUGGCAAAAGUAAUAAUCAAAUGUUGAAAUAUUUUAUGGAUUUGAAAGGUAAAAUUCCUAAUCGCAUUAUACGUAAAGGACAAUUUAAAGAUCAGCAUUUUGAUCAAAGUUGUAAUUUCCUAUAUCAUGAAAUCGAUAAAGUUACAGAAAGGGAAAAAAUUGUUGUAAUGCCGGUCAUCAAAGCUUCACGCAACUUACAACAAGAAUUAAUAGCCGAUCAAAAUCUACCCGAUGAUCAGCAUCGUAAAGUGACACAACUUAAAGAUUUACUGGAUAAUAUGUUUGCUCUGGAUCCCUCUAAACGUAUUUCAUUGAAUCAGGCUCUAACACAUCCGUUCAUACAGGAAAAGAUGUAAACUCAUAACAGAAAAUUCAUUACCCACCAACAUUUGGCCUUUACAAUGGAAAAUGGCUUAAAACACAAAGACAGACAAGAACUUGGUUAAACAAAGUUAAAUGUAAUUUUUUCCUCUUUAUAAAAAAAACUUUAUUUUAAAAUUUUAGUACAUAAUAAUUAAAAGUUUUUUUUUGAAAAAAGAUAAAAUACUUUAUAUAAAAAAGUAAUUGAAAGUAUGUAGUUAAAUUGGCAAAAUACAUUCAGCAAACAAAGAAAUUGUUUAUGAAAGAAGUGAACAAAAAAAUUAAAACAAAAGUUUUGUUUAAUAGUUUUGACUCUGAUGCUUUGAUUUUAGAAAUUUUGUAAAAAGAUGAAUGCAAACAGCAAAAACAAACAAAAAUCAUUUAACAGAAAAAAAACUUAAUUUAUUUAUUAACUUCUAAUAUAAAGCAUGCUGUUUAAUUCAGCUGUUAGUUAACUACAGUUGAUAUAGACUAUAUAUACAGAACAUACCUACAUACAUACUUAUAUAUUAAACAUAUAUUCAUAUUAAAAUUGUAGUGUUUCUUAUUUUAAACUAUUUUUAUUAUUAAUAAGCCUAUUAAGAGAUAUUUGUUUAGUAAAGAUUUUAAUUAUUGUCUAUAAUGACCAA